AUGUCGGACAUCAAGAGAAAUUACUACGAGGUUCUAGGAUGUUCCAAGGAAGCAAGUCCGGAAGAACUGAAAAAGUCGUACCAAUCCCUGAUACUAAAGUACCAUCCGGACAAGAGGACUCCAGACAAUAAGGCAGACACUGAGGACAGUUUUCAUUCGAUAGACACUGCUUAUAAAAUCCUGAGAGAUCCAGAAAGCCGAAAAAUCUACGAUGCUGAAUUGCUACAGAAGGAAUUCUCCGAGAGACCCCUAGACACCUUUGGAGACUUGUAUUUGUCAUCGAAUUGUCAAACAAAUUGGAUGACGCAGAAGUGA